UUUCCUGCAACUCCCUGCUGACUAUGGAGGAGCGGAGGAAAAAAAACUCUUUACUCUCUCCAUUGUCCUCCAGUCUCAGUUAGAUGCGUCUUCAAUCUCCUUCUCAUCACCUGCGAGGCACCAAGGUGUCCAGCUCCACCUUACCUUGCCAAUCUCCUCACGAGCUGCCUUGGACCCCCAGAGGAUUAUUUUUAUCCCCCUUUAUCAUAGAUGGGAAUUUUGUUCUCCUCUCCUCAGCUGCCGCCAGGCUUACUACUGAUUAAUUUUAACUGCCUUUUUGUGCCUUUUCUUUGUUCAACAUAACUUGUCUGUUACGAAAUGAAUGCAACUUGCGUUUGCUGUCCUUGCCAACACAUUAGCAGUAUAUUGGACCCUAAAAGAGCGCUGGUGUGCAGCCACUUCAGUUCAGCUCAUCUCCACAGUGACUGCAGCUUGUGUCUGGUUCCUGAGAUUUGUUGCUAUAUUUCAUUAGAGCACAGCGUUACGCAGCUCACUGCUUCCACAUCAACACGUCUUACACGUUUUCAUUGUACCUCGUGCAGUUAUCAGCGUGCCGUGAUGUUUAAAUAGGAAAAAACUCCUAAACAAUUUUUUAAUGGAUUGUUGUUGUUGUUCCCAAGGUGUCCGUAUCCGAAAACGUUUGUGGAACGUUUGCGAAAGUGACCAAAUGAAAACGUUGCGCUUGUUCAUGUGAGGAACUGCUCCCAUCCUCUUCACCGAUUUUGUCAUCUUCAGCUAUAAAUGGGAUUUGUACUACAGUAGAACCUGGCCUGACUGGUGUCUCUCUUGGGUCUCUCAGCCUUGGAGAAUGAAUGGUUUUGUAGCCGGCUGUUUGGUGAAGAACGGGGCUUAACAUCUGCUGCGAUAAACCACCACGUUUACUCACAGAGCCAGUAUGAUGGAGGAAAAGGCCACCGAUGAUUCUCUGCUUCCAAAAACUCGGAGAAGAGGAAUCGGACUGAAAUCCACAGUCUGCUCCAAUGAUCAGAUCCUCUCGAUGGUCGAGCGCGAAUGAAGAACUGUGUGUGACGCAGAAGUUGUUGUAGGAAACGGGUCUCAGGCUCCCUGUGUGGAGAACCACAUGUGCUGUUAGAGGCCCUUCGAUUCCCAGCCUGUGGACCGACCCCACAAACGUGGUUUUUAUACUUAGCAGCCGAAGCGAAACCAGAACAGGAAGGAGAGAUCUGGCAGUAGAACGAUCAACACCCACUUGGCAUUUAGGUUUCAUUUUCCUUGUAUCUGACGCCGUGUGUGUAGGAAGUCCAGCCCACGGGGGUUCGGCACUCCCUUUGGAGAACCUGUGCAGGUCAUUUGAGACACACCAGUGUGAGAGACACUCGGCGGACUGCGCUGAGAUCCGCAAUGGGUGGUUACAGGAAACACGACAACAUUCGAACCCUGAACUCAGUUGCAGACUUAAGUGGUGUGAGUUUUGGCCACAAAUACCCCAGGCAUGGCCUCCUACUUCUGCACUGGCUGGCGAAGGGCUGGAUCUGGUUCAACACUGAGGGCAAGAUGAUGGCCGCACGGGACCCCGCAUUUGGGGAUUUUGGGUUUCACCUCUUCCACAACAAGGAGCAGAUCCUGCCCCCUCUGAAGAACCAGAGCCAGUACUUCGAGGUGGGGAACUUCCAUGCUCCGGGGGCCUCCGCCUUGCCUUUCAGCCAGGCCCAAACGGGAAGUGACAAGAGCAACACGGACCGCAUCAUCGUGAGAAUGGAUCCUGGUUGCGUUGUCGCCGAGGUCUACAUCACCGAGCACGUGCCCCACCUGAACAGCUUCGGUGCGCACUUUACGUACCGCGUCAGCAGGGGGCUCAUCGGUUCUGUAGCACGCUAUACCCCGGAGAGCUUCCUCCAGCAGGCCGGCUACAUCGGACGGGCCAUCGAGAACCGCGAGACGGUCGUCGAAAUGGAAGAGCCCCCCGUACACGAGGCUCCUUCGAGGCCAAACCGAAUCUGCAGCUGCAUUAUACUGUGAGGGUCGUCUUCUGUCGAUUUCGUCGUGGCUUUAUUCUACGUUCAUCCCCUGUCAUCUGCUCCUAAUUCAUUCCUGAGAGCACAGCGAGCAGCUAGAGAACACAACAGAAUUGCUCACGCCAUUAUUUCUUAUGCUUCCCAACUGGUUCAAAUUCGUUCAUCCCAGGUUCGCCUCUAAAUCACGUCCGAUGUCAUAAGGAAGGAUGGAAAAAGUUGUGUAAUACGGUAACAUUUGACACACCUUUACCUCUUGGCACUUUGGAAAAACCUUCCUUGCAAAGCAGUUUUCCAUUGCAUCCACAUUCAGAGGUGAUUUUUGGGUUGUGUGUGAUGUUGUAAUAAGAGCCAUGGGCCCGAACCUCAAAACAUCACCUUUCGAAGGGGUUUUUAUGUCUACACUUGAAAUGAAAGUGUGAACGAUCAAUUUCCUUUUUAUUCAUUACAU